CAAAGGCCGCGCGGGGCGGGCGCGUGUGGCAGGGCCGGUUGGGGCUCGCGGGGUCCGUGCCGCCGCCGCCGCCGCCGCCGCCUCUGCUUCCUGCCGGGCCCUGGGGGUCCCGCCCGGGGGGCCUGGGGCCGGGAGGCCAGGGCGGCUGCGGGGCACCCUGACCUGCCCGCCCGCCCACACGCAGGCGCCCGCACUAUGGCGAGUGAGGUGAUCGAGGAUGAGAAGCGCUUCUACGCCAAGGCCAAGACCUACUGGCAGGAAGUCCCGCCCACAGUGGACGGCAUGCUGGGGGGUUACGGCCACAUCUCGGCCAUCGACAUCAGCAGCUCCCGGAAGUUCCUGCUGCGGUUCCUGGGGGAAGGCCCCAAGAGGACGGGCACCUCGUGUGCGCUGGACUGCGGUGCGGGCAUCGGCAGGAUCACCAAGCAGCUGCUGCUGCCAUUCUUCGAGGUGGUGGACAUGGUGGACGUGACCCAGGACUUCCUGGUGAAGGCCAGGAGCUACCUGGGUGAGGAGGGCCGGCGGGUGCGCAACUACUUCUGCUGCGGCCUCCAGGACUUCAGCCCCGAGCCCGGCGCCUAUGACGUCAUCUGGAUCCAGUGGGUGAUCGGCCACCUGACUGACCAGCACCUGGUCGAGUUCCUGCAGCGCUGCCAGCGUGGCCUGCGGCCCAACGGCCUCGUGGUCAUCAAGGACAACAUGGCCCAGGAGGGCGUGAUCCUGGACGACGUGGACAGCAGCGUGUGCCGCGACCUCCAGGUGGUCCGCGGCAUCAUCCACCGCGCGGGCCUCCGCCUGGUGGCCCAGGAGCGGCAGAGUAACCUGCCCGAGGAGAUCUACCACGUGUACAGCCUGGCCAUGAGAUGAGCCUGCAUGCGCGCACUCGCGCGGCCCGGGGCUGUGGGGUGCGCUCCCCGCCGGGCAGGCCCUGGAGGCCGUCCCCGUGGCCUGCACCGGACACCGCGAGGCCUUGUCACCCCCCCCAGGACAUUUUUAACUGAAAAUAAAAGGGUGGACCUUGA